CAAGUUAAGAGCUUUGGAGUGGUAUAUGGAGAUCUGAGCACUUCACCACUAUAUGUAUACAGAAGUAUAUUUUCUGGGAUGUCACAUCAUCAUCAGGAUACUGAUACAAUAUUUGGGGCAUUUUCAUUAAUCUUUUGGACCUUAACUCUGAUUCCAUUGCUCAAAUAUAUCAUUAUUAUUCUCAGCGCUGACGAUAACGGUGAAGGUGGGACAUUUGCUCUAUACUCCCUGCUUUGUCGACACGGAAAAUUCAGUCUUCUUCCUAAUCAACAAGCAGCUGAUGAGGAGCUUUCAGCAUACAAAUAUGGUUCAUCGGGACAGUGUACUCCAUCUUUAGCACUGAAGAGAUCUAUAGAGAAGCGCAAAAAUUUGCGAACUGUUUUGUUGCUUGUAGUCUUAUUGGGUGCUGGCAUGGUAAUAGGUGAUGGUGUAGUUACUCCUGCAAUGUCAGUACUGUCAGCAGUAUCAGGGCUUCAAGCUGCUCACACAAAGUUGCCCUCAGGUAUGUCUAGAUAUGUAAAUUUGUUGGCCUGGAAUCUUUCUGAUAUAUAUGUACUCGCUCCGUUCUGUUCAAGAUGUCCACUUUCUAUAUUUGAAAAUUAAAAAUUCAUGUUAUUUUAAUAGAUUGAAGAACAAUU